AUGAGCCAGGCAUCGAUACCGCAUCUUGUGCGUACCGCCGCUGAGCCCCGACAGAACCGCCUGUACAAUGUGCGACUCUCGCAUGUCGAGCAGGCCAAUCCCUCGGUUCGAUUGCUCCAAUUAGCCAUUCCGCCGCAGAGUGUGGAGGAACCAGAGUCGGAAGGGGAAAUCGAGCCUGAUCACCCACAACCAUUCACUUUUCUCCCAGGCCAAUGGCUAGAUGUAUAUAUUCCCUCUAUUUCCCAUGCCGGGGGGUUCAGCAUCACCUCCACGCCAGCUGAUGCCCAGAUACUCCCAUCUCCACAACCACGAACAGAAUCGCUAGCCAUCGUUGAAGAGGAAGAACCGGGCCUAUCACCGGUUAAUCCCCAGGGACGAGCUCCCUACGUCGAACUUGCUGUGCAGUCGGCGCCCGGGAACCCGGCCAGUGCAUGGCUCUGGAAACCCGCGACGGAGAUCCAGGGGAAAGAACUGACCAUCAGGGUUGGAGGGAGCUUCGUAUGGCCUCCGUCAGGGAUUGUUCUUGAGGAGGUCAGAAAUGUGGUCUUGGUUGCUGGGGGAAUGGGUAUCAAUCCCUUAAUCUCCAUCCUCUCACACCUCAACAACAACGCCGACGAAAUCACGGCCCUCCACCACCCCUUCAACAUCCACUGUUUAUACUCCACCAAAUCCCCCGAGGCAUCAACCCUCGACCACAUCCUAUUCCUCUCUCGACUCCGUCACAUCAUCCGGUGCCAGUCGCACUCGCAAUCGCACCGGCUACGGGUCUCGCUCGAUCUCUUCCUAACAAGCCUGCGCGAGUACAAAUCCUCUAGUCUUCUGCGCGAACCACCCGCUGAUCUGACGAUCCAUCCACGACGGAUCAGCCGAUCGGAUCUGCAGAUGGCCGUGGCUGGGCCAGAUGGGAAGGUCAAUCCCCAAAACACGGUGUGCUAUGUGUGUGGUCCUCCGAGUAUGACGGAUGAGUUGGGGAGUGUUUUGGGGGAGUUGGUGGGCCAGAAGGAACGUGUGUUCUUUGAGAAGUGGUGGUGA